AUGUCGGUUUAAAAAUAUAAAAAAAGUGGUAGUUGCAAAAGUGAUUCAGCUUAUUCAUUUAGUUAAGAUGUCAAUUUAUUACAGGAUUAUGAAUAUUUAUUACAAAAGUCUGCUGAAGAAUUAACAAAGGUCAAAGAAUAAAAUUAAUUUUUAGAAUAGUAAUUAGCAUCAGUUCAACCAUUUCAUCAUAAUCAAUAACAAUAUUCUACAUUUUAAUUUAAUAAGUCUGAUUUAUUGAUUGAAUAAUUAAAAUAGGAAAAUGCAGAUCUAAAACUUAAAUUAGAAACUAAAACAAAGGCUCAUAAAAAAUUAAAAACUAAGCUUAAAUAACAUGAAUAAAUAAUGUAAGAAAAUGAAAAUCUUAAACGCGAUAUAUAAGACUUGUUAAAAGAAAAAAUAAAUAAUAAAGAAAAUAGAUAAAAUCUUAUAAACUAAUCCACAAAGACCCCUCAAUAAUAAUAAUAAUAAAAUGUGAAUCAAGCUCCUUGUAAUAACUUUAAAUUAGAUUUAUCAUUGGCAUCUAAUUUUAAUUUCAAAGGUUUAGAAGAAGCUGAUAAAUUUCUCUAGGAAACAAAAAUCCAAUCUUCAAGAGUUUCAAAAAUGUAAACAAUACCUACUCCAAAGAGAUAUUAAGAAAUAUAAACAAUAGAAAUUAAUUUUUCUGAUUUUGAUUUACAGAAUAAUUUAAGCAUUUAAUAAGAAUUUGUUUAGUUUAUUGAAUAAGUCAUUUUUAAAGCAAAUAACUAAUUAAAUUAAAGAAUCUAAACAUCUUAAAUUGAUAAUUUUAUUAAAUCUAAUUAAGAUUUGGAAACAUAAAUUAUUUAAUUAUCAGAAGAGGUUUGGAUUUUAAGAGAAAAGAACAAGAUUCAAUAAGAAAUAAUUAAAUAAUUAAAGCACAAUUUAGAAUGUUGUGAUUAAAAAGAUAUUGAAGAAUUAAUUAAACUAAAUCAAUAAGCAAAUGAUUUUAUUGAAAUUUAAUAAUAAGAAAUCAAAUCUUUAUCUGAAUUAGUAAUAUAAACAGAGCAAGAACUACUAUAGAAAUCAUAAAUUAUUUUGGAUAAUAUAUAAAUUAUUGAAAAAGCUAUUAAAAAAGCAACAAUCUAAGAUAAUAUUCAAGAUGAAAAUAAAGAAAAUUAAUCUUGUAUUAGCAAUUAAAAAUUACAAAAGAAAUAAACAAAAUCCUCUAAUUACUCUAGUUUAUAAUCCACCUAAACUUUAAACAAAUAAUCUCCAUAGUUAUCUAUUGAUUUAUAAGAGUAUAAUGAAAUGAAAACAAACUUUUAGAAAGUAUUUUAAGAAGUAGAAUAAUUUCAACAAUUACUUAAUGAAUUUUAAGAGUAAGAAUAAAAUAAUAAUAUUUCAAAUUAAGAUUUAUUUGAAAUUCUAGAAUUAUUUUAAGAAGAAUUUAGUUAUAGGGAAAAUACAUCUAUUAAAGAUCAAAUAAAAUAUUACAUUACUUAAACUUUAAAUUAAAAUGAACUAUUAAAAAAUAAAUAUUUAGAUCUUAUAUAUAAAGUAAUAUUGAAUUAAAUAAAGACAGAUACUCGAAGAACUGAAUUAUUAGUGAAAAAUGAUUAAAAACUAUAAGAUGCUUUAAAAUGGUUAUUGCAAAAUACAAAACGUAGCUAAUCUGUAUAAACAAUUAUAUAUAAUUGUGAUAUAUUAACAGAUAUGAUAGUAAAAAAACUUAAUAAUUCUACAAGAAUGAGUGAACUUCAUGAAAUAAUAACUAUGUAAAUGAAAGUUAUUUAUACACUACUUUAAUCUUUGUAAAUUGGAAAAAAUAAUUUAUAAAGUAGCAGAACAAUUUUAGUUAAAAAUGAAAAAUAAGAAACUUUGAUGAAUGAAGCAAUUUAAGAUUUGAAAGAUUUAAAUAAAAAAAUAAGUAAUUUACCAGAUACAAAUGAUGAUCUUGAAAGUUCAGAUGUAAAAGAAAAUAUUCGUUAAAUUUGCAAUAAAUUUAUUAUGAAUUGA